AUCAUCCUGGUCUCGGUCAACUAUUCGCUUUCACCAUCAGCCUUUCCGGAUUCUUACUGCCUUGGUGGACCUGGCAUUUAGAUGAUCGGUCGGCUGACCCGACGAUUCUUCACAUCCGCUGUACAAAACAUCAUGUCCAAAGGCAUCAGCAGUCAACUCAUCCUUCCUAAAGGCCGUGGAUUCGGACUCAAGGACGGCGUUCUUGACAAGGACCAGUUCCGCAAGGUCAUUCCAGUCCUCGCUGCUAAGGUUCCUCCCGAAAAGGCCGGUGUCAUGCUCAAAGCUCCCGCUCUGAAGAGAGCUCUCAUCGAUGUUCCCAAGGUGAAGAGCGUCGCGAGGGGUCCGGACCAGCAGCGACUAGUGUUGUUCAGAUACACUGAUCAAGCCGACCUGACUCCGGAAGCGCUAGAAUUCCUCCAGUCCGAGUCCGCCGAGCUGGUCUCCCAUGAACUUACGUUUGAUUAUGAUUACUGGAGCAGCGACGAGGUGAUCCACGCUAUUCUGCCCGAAGAACUCGAAGCAGAAGCACCGUCGGGGUUCGCUGUGGUCGGUCAUAUAGCCCACCUGAACCUUCGGCCGCAAUACUUGCCGUACAAGCAUGUCAUCGGUCAGGUCAUUCUGGAUAAAAACCCGUCUGUUAGGACUGUGGUGAACAAGCUUGAUAACAUCAGCACUCAGUUCCGCGUUUUCAGUAUGGAACUUCUAGCGGGGGACCCCGACUUCGUCGUUACCCAGUCUGAAAACGACUGUCGGUUCACGUUCGACUUCCGGGAAGUCUACUGGAACUCGAGAUUGCACACCGAGCACGAACGGCUCAUCGCCAAAUUCAGCAAGCAAGAUCUCAUCGCGGAUGUUUUUGCGGGCGUGGGGCCUUUCGCUAUCCCCGCCGCCAAGAAGGGCUGCGCCGUUCUCGCGAACGACCUCAAUCCCUCGAGCUUCAAGUAUCUAACCUUGAACAUCGCAGAGAACAAGGUCGGGGCGCUCGUGCGGGCUUUCUGCGAAGACGGUCGGGAGUUUAUCCGGCAGGCGUUCAACCGAGCGUGGGACGAGCCCCUCGCACCGGUGCCCCCGCCCAAAAUCCGGCGGACGGAGCAGAAGGAGAUUCGCGCCGGAGAGCGGCCGGCACCUCCUCCUGGGCCCCCGCGGAACCGCAUCGGCCACUUUGUCAUGAAUCUGCCGGAUACCGCGAUCCUGUUCUUGGACGCCUUCCGCGGCGUGCUGUCGCGGGCGAACGCGGGGGAGCGGGAUUUGAGCGGGCUGUACGGCGAGGCGUCGAUGCCCAUGAUUCACACCCACUGCUUCACGCGGGAGCUCGAGCCGGCAAAGGCUGAGGAAGACAUCCGCCUGCGGGUGGAAGAGCAGAUUGGGCAUGCAUUGGGAGAAGACGCGACGUUCCACUGGGUCCGCUCGGUGGCCCCUCAGAAGGAGAUGUAUUGUGUCAGCUUCAGGCUUCCGCGUGCGGUUGCGUUUGCGUCAUGACAGCGUAUCCCCGCAGAAAUACACGUCCUGCCUGCCAACUCUGGGCCAAUGGGAUGCAUUGAGUUGGGCGUCUGCACCAGCGACGAUUACGUAAGCAGGGCACGGUUGGGAAACCAGGUAGACGCGCGCGUGGUCGGGGAGGACCGCCAACUCAUCAUUUACCCCGCCUCGCUGUCCGUGUUGCCUCGCGCACGAUCUCUGCUCUCGUCCAUAGAGUACUCUACUGUCUCUCCUUAUAGAGAUCUCUCGCUUCUUCUCCUCUUCCGCGGCUAUACCCGGCUAUAUCCUCUAAUACUCGCCGCUGCGCGUCGCUCGGCCUCUUCCGGAACACUAGACAAGAAGACCUACACUGAGUCCGGCCAUGUCCCCGCUCUGCUUACCCCGCAUAUUCUCGACCGUCCACUGUGACGCAGAGGGCGCGCCUCCCGCUUCCCGCACCGUGUCUGCCCUUCAGUCUGUGAAGAGCGCUGUCGCGGUUCCCGAGAGCGAGCUAAGGCGUUGGAGAAGGACGUUCGAUGCGAACGCGCAGACCGUCAUAGACGGAAACAAAUACCUCAACAAGGAGCAGUUCGUGAACGCGAUCGCGCCCAAGGGCGACCUCAGCAAGAUCGGGCGCAACCAGUUCGGGACGCUCUUCCGCGUCGCGGACGUGAACAAGCGCGAGCUCGUGUCCUGGGAUGACUUUGUGGUGUUUGAGACCAUCUUGAAGCGGCCGGAUGCGGACUACUGGAUAGCGUUCCAAUACUUUGACGUAGACGAGUCGGGCACCAUCUCGUACGAUGAGUUCAAGAACGUGCUGAACGCGAACGUCGGCCCUGACGCCAUCCCGUUCGACUUUGACUGCGACUGGGUCAAGCUGUAUCUUGGCAAGAAGAACGGCGCCCACGUCCUUGGGUACAACGAGUUCACGCAGCUGAUGAAGGGGCUCCAGGGCGAGCGUCUGCGCCAGGCCUUCAAGUAUCUCGACAAGGACCAAGAUGGCUACAUCCGCGCCGAGCAGUUCAAGAAGAUUAUCCUAGACAUUGCUGGCCACAAACUGUCCGACGCCGUCAUAGAGAGACUUCCGACGUUGACUACGCUGAGCCCAGGCGGCCGCAUAUCCUACUCGGAAGUCAACGCCUUCCACAAUGUCAUCAAAGAGAUGGAUAUGGUAGAGCGCAUAAUCCGCGAGGCCACCGCAAAAACCAAGGACGGUCGCAUUGACCAGUCCGACUUCCUCAAUCACUGCAUGUCAAGCACCCGCUACUCCCUCUUCACCCCCAUGGAGGCGUCCAUCAUCUUCCACUUCGCCGGCCGCGGUAACGGUUCGCAGCGCUUGUCCCUGCUCGACUUUGCGCAACUUCUAGAUCCCCGGUGGAAGGCCCCUGGGGACGCGGAGGUGAAGCCGACUGCACAAGUUGAAUCGUUGUUCCACCAGAUCGCGCAUUCGGCGUACAACUUCGGCCUCGGAGGUGUUGCAGGCGGCUUUGGCGCGACGAUUGUAUACCCUAUAGAUCUAGUCAAGGUAAGGUUCGGAGGUAUCCAUGGAACAGCGCUGACACUGACGCGUCCGAUCGCAUGCUCCACAGACGAGAACCAGCGGUCGACCGUCGUCGGGCAGCUUUUGUACAAAAACUCUCUGGACUGCGUCCGCAAGGUGUUUAGAAACGAAGGCUUCCUUGGGUUCUAUCGCGGGCUUGGUCCCCAGCUGAUCGGUGUCGCGCCUGAGAAAGCAAUCAAGCUCACCGUCAAUGAUUUCAUCCGCUCGCGCGCCAUGGACCCCGAGACUGGGAGAAUAACCUUGCCCUGGGAACUCGUCGCCGGCGGAACCGCUGGUGGUUGUCAAGUGAUCUUCACAAACCCGCUUGAGAUCGUGAAAAUCCGUCUCCAGAUCCAAGGGGAGGCGGCUAAGCUGGAGGGAGCUGUGCCCAAAGGCGCUGUUCACAUCAUUCGCCAGCUGGGACUUCUUGGCUUGUAUCGCGGCGCGAGCGCGUGUUUGCUGCGCGACAUUCCUUUCUCGGCCAUCUACUUCCCGGCGUACUCGCAUCUCAAGAAGGACGUCUUUCAGGAAGGCUACAAUGGCAAACAGCUGUCGUUCUUGGAGACGUUGACGUCUGCAGCAGUCGCUGGAAUGCCAGCUGCGUAUCUCACAACGCCUGCCGAUGUUGUGAAGACUCGGCUGCAGGUUGAAGCGCGGACCGGCCAGACAAACUACAAGGGACUAACGGAUGCGUUUGUGAAGAUCUACCGAGAGGAGGGAUUCAAGGCGUUUUUCAAGGGCGGCCCUGCUCGCAUCCUUCGCAGCAGUCCGCAAUUCGGGUUCACGCUGGUCGCGUACGAAUAUUUGCACAAGUUCGUUCCAUACCCAUUCAACGGGACGUCGAGGGAGGUGGAAACGACGACGCUUGCCUCGCAACGGGAAGACAUGGCGCAGGUUCGGGCGCGCAAUGCGUUGCGGAUUCUUCUGGAUGUGCACGGGGAUUUCGGGCGGCGCUGAGGAGGGCGGAGGCCGGUCGCAGUCAUGCGCCGGAGAGGGGGCGGGGGCGCAUGUUACGUUUACGAGAUCUACAAUGUCAUAAUCUUUGUCUGCC